CGAAUUCGAAUUCCUAAAACCCUAACUACAUUUGUUCGUAGUCCAAGCUUUCUAGCUCGCGUUCGAGUAAAAAAAUGGCGAAGACAGCAGACGGUUCGAAGAAGAAGAAGAAAAACAAGAGCAAUUUGAAGAAAAAGCUAAGCGUUCUGAAUUCAGAAGCAAUUAAAAAAAAAGCACCCAAGGAAAAUCCAUUCGAGAGCAUAUGGUCGCGGCGGAAGUUCAAUAUACUCGGCAAGAAACGCAAGGAAGAGGAGCGACGCCGUAUUGGACACUCUCGUUCAAUCGGCCUUCAAAAGAGGCAAAACACCCUGCUAAAGGAAUACGAGCAGAGUAAGAAGUCUUCUGUCUUUGUUGAUAAUCGAAUUGGAGAGCAAUCUGAAGCACUUGGGGAGUUUGAUAAGGCCAUUUUGAGAUCUCAGCGUGAACGACAGUUAAACUUGAAGAAGAAAAGCAAGUACAAUAUAUCUGAUGGCGAGGAAGACGACUUCGAGAUUCCAGAAGGUGGUUACUUUCCGGAAAGGGACGAUUAUGAAGAUGAUGAACCAUUGUAUGAUGAUGAUGACGAGGCUGGGCAAUCACUUGGGGGAGAAAAGAAGUUGAGUUUUGGACAGCUUAAUCCCGAUGAAGUACAAGACGGCCUGGAAUCAACAACAUUGGAAGGGCAGGAAAAUAGACAUAAGAGCAAGAAGGAAGUGAUGGAGGAAAUCAUUUUUAAAAGCAAGCUCUUCAAGGCUCAAAAAGCAAAGGAGAAGGAAGAAAAUGAACAGUUUAAUAUCCAAUUGGAUAAGAAUUAUGACUCUUUAGUUCAGUCUAAGGCCCUACAGUCACUGUCACAACCAAAUGGAAUUCAAGCCCAUAAAGAUCUAGCAAACAGCAACAUCUUAAAUGUUGAUGCAAAGGAGGUAACACCAAGUGCACAUAAAAAACUUCCCCUUCAGAAGGACAAACCGGAUGAUUAUGAAAAAAUCUAUGGUGAAGUAGCACUGGAUCAGCGGGGUCGGGCAUCAGACAGGAUAAAGGCACCUGAAGAGUUAGCUCAAGAGGAGAAAGAGCGUCUAGAGCAAUUGGAGAAAGAGCGCGUACAGAGAAUGGCUUCUGCUGCUGAUUCUAGUGAUGAAGAUGACAGUUCUGAAGAAGAUGAUGACUCUGAGAAGCAAGUAAGGCAUAUAUCGGGGGAUGAUCUUGGUGAUUCCUUUUCUUGUGAUGCCAAACCUGCAAUACCGAGAACUACACUUAGCUCCAUUGAGGAAAUCUUUCGAAGAGAAAAUGAUGAUGAGGAAGAUGAUGAGGAAGAUGAUGAUGACGACGAAGAUGAUGACGACGAGGAUGAUGAUGUGGCAGAAGGAUCUGAUGAGGAUCAUGUUGAAAAUAAGAAGGCUCAGUCUCUUAAGGACUGGGAACAAAGUGAUGAUGAAAAUAUAGAAACUAGUUUGGAAGAAGAAGAAGAUGAUGAAGAUGAAGAUGAUGGUGAUGGUACUGCUAAACGAGUGAAAAUGGUGAACUCGAAGAAGAAACCAGAAAGCUUGGGAAAACCAAAAGAAAGUGUUAAAGACGAUGUUCAUAACAAAGGAGAGCUUCCAUAUACAAUUGAAGCUCCGCAAAAUAUUGAAGAACUUACUGAACUGUUCGAGAAUCGCUCUGAAGAACAAAUUGUUGAAGCCAUCCGGCGAAUUCGAACAUUUAAUGCACACUCCCUCGCUGCAGAAAAUCGUAAAAAAAUGCAAGUGUUCUAUGGAGUCUUAUUGCAAUAUUUUGCUGUUUUGGCAAAUGAAAAGCCAUUGAAUUUCAAUUUACUUAAUAUCCUUGUGAAGCCGCUGAUAGAAAUAAGUACAGAGCUCCCAUACUUUUCAGCCAUAUGUGCUCGUGUGCGGCUGUCUCGUAUCCGUGCUCAGUUUCUCGAGGAUGUUAAGAAUACAGGGAAAAGUUGUUGGCCUUCGCUUAAGACACUUUUCCUCUUAAGGCUAUGGUCCAUGAUUUUCCCAUGUUCCGAUUAUCGUCAUGCUGUCAUGACUCCUGCAACCUUAUUGAUGUCGGAAUACCUCAUGCGCUGUCCUAUAAUUUCUGGCAGGGAUAUUGCAAUUGGUUCCUUCUUGUGUUCUUUGGUGCUCUCUGUCAGUAGACAAUCCAGAAAGUUUUGUCCCGAGGCAAUUACAUUUAUACAGACUAUGCUAAUGGCGGCUCUAAAUAAUAAACAAACAAAUGAAACUUCUCAGUUGUACCAUCUUAUGGAAUUAAAAACACUAAGGCCGUUACUCAGUCUACAAGGCCAUGUUCAAGAGAUCAGUUCUUUAGAUUUUCUAAUGUUAAUGGACUUGCCCGACGAUUCUCCUUAUUUUACCUCCGACAAAUUCAGGGCCAGCAUUCUGUCUGCAAUAAUUGGAAAUCUGAAAGGAUUUGUCAACAUUUACGAGGAAUUGAAAUCCUUCCCCGAGAUAUUUUUGCCAAUUUCAAAAGUACUACACGAACUCGAAGAAGAAGAUCUCGUACCAGAUGCAUUAAAGGGUGAAUUAAAAAGCAUCGCCCAACAUAUCCAAGAUAAAUCCCAGGAAUACUAUUUGCUCCGUCAACCACUAAGACUUCGAAAAGUUAAAAUCAUUAAAACUGCAGUUCCAAAGUUUGAGGAGAACUUUGUUAAGGGAAGAGAUUACGAUCCAGAUCGAGAGAGAUCUGAGAUGAAGAAACUAAGGAAACGUCUGAGAAAGGAGGCUAAAGGGGCGGUUCGUGAAUUAAGAAAAGAUAAUUAUUUCUUGUCCGUGGUGAAGGCGCGUGACAAGGCACAUGUGGAGCAAGAGAAAGCUGAGAAGUCUGGGAAAACGAGAGCUUUUCUUCAAGAGCAAGAGCAUGCAUUUAAGUCUGGACAGUUGGGCAAAGGGAAAGGCAAAAAGAGAAGGAGGUGAUGAAUAUGUGAUGAUGUUUUUAGUUCGAUUUAUAUUUUUUUCGUGGUGCUUUUUUUCUUUUCAUCCUUACCAAAUUCUUGCUUCUGGUUUUGUGGUAAUGGAGUUUUAUGUCGGAAACUGUAUUGUUAUUGAUGUUCGAUAGUUGCUUCAUCCAAAGGUGUAUAGAUUUAUUGGGUGGAGUUUUUGAUUGAGAUCGAUUUUGAUGAAUAUGUUAUUUAUACUAAUGUGUCUUUAUAAUGAUUUGGAAAAAAAAUACAAUAUGCUAAUGUUGGAGAAAGUUACAUUGGGUGGACUUUUUGUUCAUCUAAACAUUUUUGAUAUAUUUAGCUAAUAUUGGAAAU